ACCGGAUGCUCACGCUGCACCGUGAGGGAUCAGUCUGCACGCACAGAGCCAUGCAGACCGCAGGAGCUCGUCCUCUCUUCGGAGGAGCGAUGUCCGCAGCCUUCCCCUCAAACGCCACGGAUGUCAGCGUCCUCAGAGACAUCCCGGACAACCAGGAGGUCUUCGUGCACGCUCAGACAGACCAGAGCCUGAUCGUGGAGCUGGUUGAGUAUCAGGCCGACGUGGCUGAUCAGGACGCUGCCAGAUACCACCUCGAGGACAUAGCAUGCAGCAAUGGGGUUGUGGGGGCUUCCGAGGUUACCGGCGCGCUGGAGCUGCCCAAAGCCGAGCUGUGCCUGUCGGAGUGCAGAUCUGCGUGGAUGAUAACAGGCGCACAGUGCGUGUCCAAGUUCAACGAGGAAGCCAGGAAUGCAGUGACCGUUCACCUGGGCGUCAUCCGUCUGCCGCAGUUCUCCACGGACGUUCUGGUCACCUUCAACGACCCUCAGAGCAUCAGCCCCGGCAGCAGCAGCGCAGCCUCUGUGCAGGCGCAAGGAGAGCCGUGGACGCUCCAGGACUUCCAGCGCCUCCUGCAGACUGCGAGCCUGCACGACCCCGGCUUGUUUGGCUAGAAGAGGAGAGGACUGCGCCUCUGAUAGGGCUUUUGGGAGCAGACACACUGAAGAAGGCAGAUAAAUCUUACGAGACUGUAAGGAAUGUUGCAUAACAAGAAAAAAAUCAGCUAAGAAUAUUGUUAAUGAGCAAUUUUAGCUGAUGGAAAGCUUGUUGAACAUUGUGUGGUGGUAAGAGUAAUUUUGAAAAUAUACGUGUAAGAAAUGUUUACAGCUGUAUCAUCUUGGCUGUGAUCAGGGAGAGUCUGGUACACCUUAGACUCAUCUCAAUGACAGUCACUGCUUUGAUCAACAUGCACGUUUUCAAGAUCUUGAAGGGAGAUGGUGGCCCAAAUUAGUAUGAAUUCUCAUUUGUGCUGUACCUGCAGAUUUUGAAGUCGGUAUGAUGAUGGCAGCAGACUAACCCACAGCAAAACUGUAAUAAACCUCUAUGCCCCACA